GUGGCGAUCUGCGAAGGACGAACGGCCGGAGAUGGAGACACUAGAACGCGGGACCUGACUAUAACCCGCGUCUUCCUCGGCCGGACAUUCGCGAGCUUGGGUUCGAUAGACCUGCCGCUCGACACCCUCACCGACCAUCUGUACAAACUGUUCACCGCGCGCGUGUCCUGUGAGGACUCGACCUACGCGGAUGCGUCACUGGACCUGGUAGAGGUGUAUUUGAGCACCCUUCUCAAGUCGACAGACGCCGUAGCGGCCACAGGCUGCGCGAAGGUCGUACAGGCGUUGGGGAAAUUCAGGGCAGCGGAUCCGACGCGCGAUUUGCUGGGUUUGGCCUUGAUCCGGGCGGUCGAUGUGUUGAAGCGAGGAUUCACUCCGAUGAGCGUACACAAAGACGUUCAAGAAGGGCUGCAGCUGCUGUUCAACAAGCUGCAAUCGUUGCUGCAGAAGCAUGUCACCGAGGCGAUCAAGUCUGUCCCCGAAUCCGCGUCGAUCCGUGUCAUGGCAGUUUGGACGUCAGUUAUCUCCCUUGGAAAGUGGUUGGAGGUGAACCUUCCUGAGCAAACGAUGAUCUUCGCCCAGCCAUUAACGAGGAAGGUUGCUUCCUUAUCCUCUGACUCGGCAGAUUGGACACUCGCUGCCUCAGCGUCGUUGUCGCUCAUGUGGGUCGAGUUAUCCUGUGUAUCAAGCGAGGGCAAGCGAGAACGACUGGACAUAGCGUUCGCAAGUUAUGUGCUAUACGUGUCGAAGAGUGCGGAGUCAGGCGUUGCUGAGUUAGACCACUGCAUCUCCGCUGCAGUGAAGACACUUUCUCCCGAGGACUACGGCUAUGUGCUAGAGCUGCUCAUAGAGGCUCUGAGGGGCAAGCAGCCUGGGUUACCUCUGACGCUACCUUUGCUACAUGCGGCCAGGGUUCUGCUCAAUAACUACCCCCAAAACUCCCUAAAGCACACCCAGACCUUCGCCAGCGAGUGCAUCUCCAUCUUCAAUAACUACGCUGCGUACAUCAGCGGUGGGUCGGACGUUAUUGUCGAGGUACUCCGCUUCGUCGCCAGCUACUGCACAGACAGGCCCGCCGCCCUUCGCCAAUCCGACCUCCCCCUCAUCUUCGCCCUUCUCUCCAACUACCUCCGCCCCAUCCGCCCCAUCCGCUCACAAGCCCCCACCACUUCCACCGCCGUCUUCCACGCGAUCACCACCAUCACCGGCGCGCUUAUCCGUCUGCGCCGCGAUCUCCUCAGUGCCACGCUUCCGCACCUCUCCCUCGUCCUGCGGCAGUUGCUUUUCGCUCUACGGCGGCCGCGACCGCAACUGGGCCGGAGGCAGCUCGAUGCACUGGCGAAGACAUUCCCGAGUUGGAUCGACCCGAGGAAUCCAUUAGGCGCCGAGGAGGCCGCCGCGCUGGCGAGAGUGCUGGAGGCGCUGACGACGAAGACUAUUCCGCGGACGCACAAAUCCGGUGGCGCAGCUUCAGCAGGUGACGCUUCAGCCGCAAAAGCCACCUCCCUCGCGCCCGUCUUCUCUCGUCACGCCGCGCCCGUGCUCGCUGCGUACGCCGAUGCCGCGAACGAUCCCCUGUGCAUCACGCCCGCGGAGGUGCGCAAAGCGCUGCAGCCGGGGCUGUUCGCGCUAUGCGGGAUGUUGAACGAGCAUACGCGGGAUGCGAUGAUGGUGGCAAGCCUGGAUGCGGCGGGCAAGGUCACGAUGAAGUCGUUAUGGCGGGAGUUCGAAAGGCAGAGGUAUGUCGGGAAGGGUUAA